CCGUCUGCGGCGGCGAUUGGCCCGUGUGUCCUGUUGCUAUGACAGCUCCCGAAGGUUGCCCGUGGCUCCUCCACGAGCCUUCCGGUUCGUCCUCCCGCUCUAGGAGGGAGGCGGGGCUGGACGCGUCUCUAUGGCGACCGGGACGCGGCGGUGCGCGGCGGUGCUCGCGGCUGGUACUCACCGAGGAGACGCGCCGGCAGCGGCGGGGAUCGAGGCUGAGACGAGGCCAUGUCGGACAUAGGCUCGGAGGAGUUGGAGGAGGAGGGAGAAACUGAUUUUGGGGAAUAUGAAGGGGACCGAAAUGAGGCAGGUGAGAGGCAUGGCCACGGGAAGGCCAGACUGCCCAACGGGGACACGUAUGAGGGGAGCUAUGAACACGGUAAACGACACGGCCAGGGGACCUACAGAUUUAAAAGUGGUGCUCGCUACAUUGGAGAAUACAUUAAAAAUAAAAAGCAUGGGCAAGGCACUUUUAUAUACCCAGAUGGAUCAAGAUAUGAAGGGGAGUGGGCAGAUGACUUGAGGCACGGCCACGGCGUCUACUACUAUGUCAACAACGACACGUACACUGGAGAGUGGUCUGCUCACCAAAGGCAUGGGCAAGGCACCUAUGUCUACGCAGAGACUGGCAGCAAGUAUGUGGGGACCUGGGUGAAUGGACAGCAGGAAGGUGCGGCCGAGCUCAUUCACCUGAACCACAGGUACCAGGGCAAGUUCUUGAACAAAAACCCCAUUGGCCCUGGGAAGUACGUGUUUGACAUCGGAUGCGAGCAGCAUGGGGAGUACCGCCUCACAGACAUGGAGAGAGGGGAAGAAGAAGAGGAGGAGGAGUCCUUGAUAACAGCCGUCCCCAAAUGGAAGGCCAACAAGAUCACAGAACUGGCCCUGUGGACACCGACCCUCGCUGAAGAGCACCCGCCCGUGGGCGUUCCUGGGCAGGAGGAGGCCCCGGGAGCUGAGGGCAGGGGAGAGCCUGUGGAGGAGGCCCAGCCACAGGUGGAUGUUUCAGACACGGAGGCCGAUUUAAUGAAGUCUGGAGAGGAAGAGCCUGAUACCUUCAGGGAGGAGAGCAGUGAGUUUGGCCGGGAGGAGUUCCGCUACGACAACUUGGACCAGGGAAAUCCGGGUUUUGAAGAAGAUGAACCUAGACAGUCCGAUCCUCCAGACUAA